UACUCGUCCACGUCCAGUGGUGCCGCCAGGUGACGAAAAAUCUUUUACUUAUUAAACUACCGACUGCAGCUAAGUAGGAACAUCCUCCAUGUAUGUACAUGCAUACGUACUCCCGUACGUAUAUGUAUAACAGAGAGUGAGAGAGAAUAGUGUAGUGACAAAACCAUAUAGCGAUAUCAUAAGGCAUAUAGAAGGCUCGAAGCUCUAUCUGCUGUAUUAUAUACUGUAGCAGCUCGACUUUUGUUUGGGUGACAGUUUCGUUUCGUUUCGUUUUAAUGGCUGUGGGUACCUGAGGACUCCGAUGCGCCACAAUUCAUUGGGUGACAGUGAAAAAAAUCUUCGACAUUCUCAAAUUUGUUCUACAACCGACGUUGAUAAUUCGGUUGCUCAGUAAUCGAGUCACUCUUUAUUAUUUUUUUAGAUAUGUGAAAAUACUGAAUCGAAUCUGUAGUGCGGUCGCGGUGCACAGUCUUUCAUUAGCUUGUAAAUAAACUGAUGCAUUAUAAUUUUAUCCACUCUUAUAAGUUCCGAGCUUCUGAGUAAAGGCUGAUUACAGCUUGUAAUAUUUCAAUGGAUGAUCAGUACUACUGCUUGUUAAUGAACAGAAUACCAAGUUGCCAUAUUAGUCUAUUUUUUAGAAAAACCAGCAGUCAGUGUUAAGAUGGUUGCACACUGAUAUCUAACACUUCUGUGUUUCAUUGUUUAAUUGAUUGUUGUGUUCAGUGUUAACCAAUUUUGUUUUACAACUAUUAAGUAGUGUUUUACAUUGUGCACCUUAUACAAGAUUUGAUUUUGAAAGAAAUAUGGCUAUUAUCUAUUUAAAUUAAUGUUAGGACAGCUUUUCUUUGUUUAUACCUGCCUACUUGCUAGACUUGUGCCCAGCAUUCUAGGGAUUAUCUGUCAUGGAGGCAUUACGAUUUGCUAUACAGACACGCUUAGGUGAGAGAAUGGUCAGCAUGAGCUCAAUGCUAGUUGAAACUGUUAGUAUAAACUAUGAAGAUUUUAAUGAAAGUUUUUUAACAUGCGGCACCUGCCUUUGCAUGUAUGAUGGAAGUGAACAUACUCCAAAGUUACUGCCAUGUUCACAUACUGUAUGUUUACAUUGUCUUACUAGAAUUGCAGCAUCACAAACGCGGGAAACUGGUUCAUUCCGAUGUCCCAUCUGUAGGGAACUAAUAACAAUUCCUAGAGGUGGUGUUGCAGCUUUACCUCCCAGUUUUUUGGUUAAUCAACUUUUGGACUUGAUGUCUAGACAACGAAGAGAGGUCAUACCAAAAUGUUCAGUGCAUACAAAUCAAGAACUGUUGUUCUGUGAAACAUGUGAUACAGUUUUUUGCACAGUGUGUACUGGUGGAAGUCAUACUGGAACAUCACCUGGGUGUACUGAACAUACUAUUAUACCAUUUAGCAUAGCUAUUAAACGCAUGUCGGAAAUAUUGCUGUAUAAAGCAAAUGAAUGUAUAUCAAAGCUAACCCAAGCACAAGAUUCUGUUAGUACAGAACUUCAAAGGCUAGAUUUGGCUAAACAAAAGUGUCAUGAAAUUCUUGAUGCUGAAUUUAACAGUAUUAUUACUAAAUUAGAAAGACGAAAGUCUGAGCUUCACGCUGCUUUAACAGUAGCUACAAAAGAUAAAAGACGUGUUUUGGAGGAACAACAUGCUCUCAUUGAAACUGAGAAAAAUAAAGUUGAACGUGAAUGUGAAGGCCUGCAAUAUCAAGUUGAAGUGAGAAAUAUUACGCAAAGAAUUGGCAGUCUAUCAGAUCAACUUGAUGCCGCCGUAGCACUAAGUGAACCUCGAGAAAAUGCCUUUUUAACUGCGGAAUUUAGUCACAACGAUGCCGUGAUACAAUUGGAAAAAGCUCUAACUUCGGUUGGUAGAGUUAGAUCUAGCACAACUCUACCAGGUUUAUGUCGAGCAAAGUUGAUCGACACUGCAGUAGUGAAACUGCAGAGUACAAUACUAGUGGAAACCGUAGAUUAUCAUGGACAUCCUCGAACCGCAGGUGGCGACCCAAUUGCCGCUCAACUGAGUUUAGUUGACGAUAAACGUCCUGAAAGCCAAAGUCUUUCUAUAGAGACUCAAAUAAAGGACUUGCAAAACGGAAUGUACGAAGUAAUAUUCAGACUAGUACAAGCUGGGUGCUAUGCUUUGAAAAUAUCUGUCUUUGACAGACCAAUAAAAGAUUAUCCUUUAUACUUUAAUGUAACUGAACAUAAUGAACCUAUUAAAGUUUACGGACUGAGGGGUUCUGAUAAAGACGAAUUUCAUCAACCUGUUGCGAUUGCUAUCGACGACAUUGGAAAUGUGUACAUUGUUGAUACUGGAAAUUCGCGAAUAAAGGUGCUCGAUGAUAAUUUGGAAUUUCAAAGACAUGUUUUCAAUGAAGGAUUAGAUGGUCGAAGUUGUACAGGUGUCGCGGUUUCUGAACAUGGUCUUGUAAUUGUUAACUGGAGAACGAAAACAGUUACGGAGUUAACGACAACGGGGGACACAAUUAAAUCUUUUUCUCACAAUGCUUUUCAGGAACCUAUCGAUAUAGCUGUUGAUCGGAGUUAUGGUCAUAUUUUAGUUGCUGACAAUGGUCAAUGCUGCGUAUUUGUAUUUGAUUGUGAUGGAAAAAUUCUUUUUCAGGUCGGAAAGAAAAACAAUCUGAAAUUAAUAGUAUCGGUAGCUAUUGGACCUAUUGGCGAAAUUCUGGUUGCUGGAGUAAGUGUACACAUUUUCUCUGCAAAAGGCGACUUUAUGGAAGAAAUUGCCACAGAAGGGAAAGGCACAGGCAGAUUUGGUGGAAUUGCGGUGGAUAAUGAAGGCAGAAUAUUAGCAUCUUACGCUGAAAAGGGCCGCACUGUAAUUCAAGUAUUACAACUAGCCGAUGGACAGAUUAUAUCGGAAAUUGAUUCGCACAAUUCCAAAUUACGUCGCCCAUCAGGAUUAGCAAUUUUACCUAAUAAACAUCUUAUCGUGGUAGAUUUAGGAAAUGACUGUGUGAAAAAGUACAGAUAUUGGUAAUAGAUGGCAAGGAGUUUACAGAAAAUUUACUCAAAUACUAUCAAGAUUAUUGAUUUUCUACUUAAUUAUGAACUGCCACUUUCGAAACUGCAAUAAGUCAAAUUUCAAGGUAUUCAUUGGUUAAUUUCAUUGUUUUGAAAUCAUUAAAAGGUUGGAUAUAUUAAUGAUUAUUAUUUCAUUACUGCAACCAUAUUUUGCUUUCAAAUACUAUCUACGCAUCAAUUCUAAAUAUUUAAAAUGAAUAGAUUACAUGGAUUCUCUUCACAAUUACUGCCAAAUUUGAUAUCAAUACUCUUGGGAUUAAAAAAUCCCUUACUUUAAUUGUAUAAAUUGACCAAAAUCGAACUUGUUGCUAACGUCUUUCUUCAAGACUGUAGUAUAAAUAUCCAUUAUACUAAAACGGAUGAUGCAUUAUAAUGUACAUGUACAGGCUUUGCGAUCAAGCAAAACCAUUUGUUUUUAUAAUUGAAGAUAAUGUUAUGAGUGUGAACAUAUGAAAACAUUACUAAAAGUAAUGUAAAAUAUCUUUACUAUAGCUAGAAUUAUCUGCGUAUUAUGUUAUUUGGCGGAAUCUACAAUUUCAAAUUACUAUUGUGUCACAAACACUAAAUAAUUAUCAAAAGCAUAAAUAUAAUACAAAAUGUUUAUGGGCUUUUUGCUGCUAUAUUAAGAAUGUUAUUUUGGAACCAUCAAGUCAAAAAGCUUAUUUUAACCAAAGUUUUUGAUUAAUUGCAUUACUUACAUUGAAAAUCUUUUGUAGAUUACAUCAUAGUUCUUAGAAAAUAAUUUAACUGCAUGGAAAUAUUGGGAAAAAUUCAAAGUGCACUAUCAAUAUAGUGAGAAAAGUGUUUUUGGCUAUAAAUUAUAAAUGAACACCGGUAGCCAAAAUUAACUUUACCUGUCUGAUACUUAUUAGGAAUAUCUUAAUUUUAAAUACAGUUACCUGAUUUAAAAAAAUUGUAAAAAGAAAUGAUUUUCAAGAGAAUGUCUUUAAAGUGUGCGUGUGUGUGUGUGUGUGUGUGUGUGUGUGUGAGUGUGUGUGUGUGUGUGUAUGUAUACUAUGAAAAACCGCACAAUAACAACCCUUGUAAAAAAACACAAAUACAAAAGGCACUUUUGUUUACAAUUUACACUUUUAAUAUUAGGACUAGAUUGGAUCGUUGACUCAAUUUUAUUAACAAUAAAACGUUCAACUUUCUUCAAACAUGGUGAUUUUGUGACUGAUGCUUAAUCUUCUCGCAAGUGUCCUAUAUUAUUAUUUUCAAAAAGCAGAUAUUCCAAGUAUUGUUAAAUCAUAGUAAAUUAGAAAAUUAAAUUAACGCGUUCUGUGCGAUAUGAUCCUAUUGAUCUUUUCUUCUUUAUCUGAUGUAAAAUGAUUCGUUAUGAGUUAGGAACACUUAUUUUUUGUAUCCUAGUAUUAUUAAAUUUUAAUCUAUCAUUUUGCUUAUUCAAGAAGACAUUUGAUACGAAUAGAUUUUAAGAGUUUUAUUUAUGAACAAUUAAAUUAUAUUUAAUUCUAUUUCAUAAAAUCUUUCGUAAUUUUUAGUUCCACAUUUGGGGAACAAAUUACUUGAUUCACUGUAGUAGUGAGCAUGUUAAACUCUCGGUAUUAUUAUUAUUAUUAUUAUUAUUAUUAUUAUUAUUAUUAUUAUUAUUAUUAUUAUUAUUAUUAUUAUUAUUAUUAUUAUUAUUAUUAUUA